AUGAGCCAGAGAGUGGAGAUGAUGAGUACUCAAAUUGUCAUGAGACAGAGGAUGGAGAUGAGGAGCACUCAAACAGUCAUGAGACAGAGAGUGGAGAUGAGGAGUACUCAAAUAGUCAUGAGUCAGAUUGUGGAGAUGAGGAGUACCCAGACAGCCUUGAGAGAGAGAGCAUGGCCAGAAAGUGGAGAUAAAGAGCGCCCUUACAGGCAUAAGCCAGAGAGUGGAGAUGAUGAGCACCCAAACAGUCAUGAGCCAGAGAGUGGAGAUGAGGAGCACCCAGACAGCCUUGACCAUGAGCUAGAGAGUGGAGAUGAGGAGCGCCCAAAGAGUCAUGAGCCAGAGAGUGGAGAUGAGGAGCACCAAAACAAUCAUAAGCGAGAGAGUGGAGAUGAGGAGCAUCCAAUCAAUCAUGAGCGAGAGAGUGGAGAUGAGGAGCACCAAAACAAUCAUGAGCAAGAAAGUGGAGAUGAGGAUCACCCAAACAGUCAUGGGCCAGAAAGUGGAGAUGAGGAGAACCCAAACAGUCAUGGGCGAGAGAGUGGAGAUGAGGAGCACUCAAACAUUCAUGAGUCAGAGAGUGGAGAUGAGGUGAACCCAAACAGUCAUGAGCAAGAAAGUGGAGAUGAGGAGCACCCAAACAGUCAUGGGCCAGAGAGUGGAGAUGAGGAGCACCCAAACAGUCAUGAGCCAGAGAGUGGAGAUGAGAAGCAGCCAAACAGUCAUGAGACAGAAAGUGGAGAUGAGGAGCACCCAAACAGUCAUGAGCCAGAGAGUGGAGAUGAGGAGAACCCAAACAAUCAUGGGCCAGAGAGUGGAGAUGAGGAGCACCCAAACAGUCAUGAGCCAGAGAGUGGAGAUGAGGAGCACCCAAACAGUCAUAAGCGAGAGAGUGGAGAUGAGGAGCACACAAACAGUCAUGGGCCAGAGAGUGGAGAUGAGGAGCACCAAAACAAUCAUGGGCCAGAGAGUGGAGAUGAGGAGCACCUAAACAAUCAUGAGCGAGAGAGUGGAGAUGAGGAGCACCCAAACAGUCAUGAGCCAGAGAGUGGAGAUGAGGAGCACCGAAACAAUCAUGAGCCAGAAAGUGGAGAUGAGGAGCACCCAAACAGUCAUGAGCCAGAGAGUGGAGAUGAUGAGCACCCAAACAGUCAUGAGCCAGAGAGUGAAGAUGAGGAGCACCCAAACAGUCAUGAGCCAGAGAAGAGUGGAGAUGAGGAGCACCCAAACAAUCAUGAGCGAGAGAGUGGAGAUGAGGAGCACCCAAACAGUCAUGAGCGAGAGAGUGGAGAUGAGAAGCACCCAAACAGUCAUGAGCCAGAGAGUGGAGAUGAGGAGCACCCAAACAGUCAUGAGCCAGAGAGUGGAGAUGAGGAGCACCCAAACAGUCAUGAGCCAGAGAGUGGAGAUGAGAAGCACCCAAACAGUCAUAUGCCAGAGAGUGGAGAUGAGGAGCGCCCAAACAGGCAUGAGCCAGAGGGUGGAGAUGAGGUGCACCCAAAUAGUCAUGAGCGAGAGAGUGGAGAUGAGGAGUACCCAAAUAGUCAUGAGACAGAGAGUGGAGAUGAGGAGUACCCAAACAGUCAUGAGAUAGAGGGUGGAAAUGAGGAGCACUCAAACAGUCAUGAGCCAGAGGGUGGAGAUGAGGAGCACUAA